CUCCACCAAUUCUCAAAAGCCCGAUUCAACAAAUACUUACUCCGAGGUUGUGUCAAAGUUUUUAGAUCUGCAUAUCAAACUCAAUUGUCAAUAUUAUAGCGCUAUAUUACUCGAUAUAACCUCGACUUCCAUUCCACCACUACCACCACUCUACUACUCACUCUACUCUCCCAUCCUCCCAUCCCCCAUCUCCAUUCAUCCAAAAUGGCCGCCCUCACCACCCCCGACUACACAAUCCGGCACGCCACUCAAUCCGACAUCCCCACUAUCCUCGCCAUGAUCAACGAACUAGCCACCUACGAACACGCCCUCCACGAAGUCCAAGCCACUGAAUCGUCUCUCUUAUCAACCCUCUCCUUCCCAGAUAGUAACGGCGGCUUCACACCCGGCUACGCCAAAACCAUCCUCCUACUCCCUCACACCGGCGCCCCCGCCGGCAUGGCAUUAUAUUUUCACAACUACAGCACCUGGCGCUCAGCACCGGGAAUCUACCUCGAGGACCUAUUCGUACGACCGGAAUAUAGAGGUAAAGGGUAUGGCACGGCGUUGAUCCGCGCUCUGGCGAGAGAAUGUACUCGUUUGGAAUGUCGGAGGCUGGAGUGGAGUGUGUUGAAGUGGAACGAGCCGAGUAUUCGAUUCUAUCAGGGUGAGAGUGUUGGUGCGACGAGGAUGGAGGAGUGGGUGGGGAUGAGGGUUGAUGGGGAGAGGUUGCUAAAGUUGGCGGAGAGGGAAGAUGGUGAUAAAUAA